UGGUUGCCUGUCAGAGCGAGUGCUGUCAUUUUCAUUGAUAAAAAUAAUACUACGGAAUUUGUGAUAGCAAAAAUAUCUGGAAUUUGCUCAGGGAAUUCGAAGUUUUCCGGUGUGUUUCCGUGUUCUGGUGCAACUGGAGCCUCUGCAAAGCAUUGCACUUUAUACGUGGCGCCACCGUUGAAGCCGCAGGAACACCGAAUCGACAUGGUAGAUUUUCCUGUUUGAGAAUGAAGGUUGAUUGUGUUUGGCCAAAGCUUUGGUUAGAUCAUUCAUUCGAUUGUGACGACAACGUCGACGUACUCCAUGCUGAUGAUGGUUGAUUGGACACGCCAUUUCAAUUCAUUUCGCCAUACUGUUUCAGUUCACAUUUCGAACAAUUAAGGCCCCUGUUAGAACUCUGUACUUCAAACCUUGCGUCCUUGAAUGAUAGUUUAGUUCAUUCACGUGGUUAGGCUGGGCGAGACGGUUAAGCCUGAUUCUGUUCGCAAGAGGUUUCUUCUUUGCUACCACCAGAGUCCGGAGGGGAGACCCGAUCAGUACCAAACGACUUGUGACAUGUGGAAGACUUGAACGACUACUUCACGGCUCGUUGCAUAGCCUAGUUCGGAAUUCAAGGCGAUUUUCGUGCGUUGUGUGAUUCGUGUUCAAAGUGUAUUAACCAAAUCGUGCGAAGAACACUGCGGGCAGAACUGUUCCGUUGUUAUAUACACGAUUCGAACUCGGCAACAGAUGACAGUUUAUCAUUUAAAGUGAAAAGUAUAAACGCAAACAAAAGGGCAAGAGCAGUAAAUUAGAGCUGAUAUGGAAUGAAAUUAUUGCUCUAUACGCCGGAGAACAUCGUAUAUGCAGCCAAGUGUCCCCGUCCAGACGAACCAAGCUUCUGUUGCUCUAUUGGGCUCAAUAAAUCUUAAUUUAAAGUAGAAUAAGUUGAUUGCUGUGUCACACUGUGCUCUGUGCCUUAACUCGUGAGAUUUCCGUACUGUGGAACCGCCAACUGACAACAAACCACAUCGGCUCCAUUUGUUGAACCAAGUGACUGUGACCGUCUGACUGAGCGCCACAUUUCUUGUUGUGUUCCGGACGAGAUAACAUGCCCAAAAUGUUGAGUGCGUUAGCGUACUGCGCGAAGCUAUGCUUCAAUAUUUGAUAGUGUGGAAUCAAAGACCGCAAUCAAAUGCUACUAUGGAUUGUAUAAGGUCGAUCGAGUAUUAUAUUAACGACUAACCGACCGGUGGGACUUAAAACAUACGAAGAAAAUCAAGUCGUCGAACGCGCGCGCGAGUGUCUAGUUGUGCCGGUUUUCUUUACGUGAGUCUACUUCUAAAUACAAGCUACUCAACACCUCGAAGUCGCAUUUAUGUAGUAGCUACGACCAAAUAGAAGAAAAAACCAAAAUGGUGGAAGUGACCAGCGAGUAUUGAUUGCUAAAACUUGAUAAAAUGUGAAUCCAAGACGAGUGUUAAUUACCCGUGCAAACUAGCAGUCAACCGAAGCAGAAAAACAAGUUUUAUCGAAGAAAAAACCGUAACGUGUCGUGAAAGAAGAAAAUCCAACUAGAGAACCUUCCUGCGAAACGAUUUUCAUUCAUUGUCAAAGUGGAGCUGCUACAGAACAAAGUGCUUGAACAGUUGUCCUUAAAGUUUUGCGCCCUUAGUGUGCCAUAUGGAGACGGAAAAUAAGUGUCUGGAAUUUGUCGUUUUCAUGGUUAACAAAAUGCUGAUUGAUAUCGAAAACACUCUACUGCAAAGCCAUCGACAGCGUGAAACUACCGGAAUUAAGAAAUUGUACAAUUCCUUCUUUGUGCUAUUCUAACUGACUCGCUGAAACAAGGACCAAAGUAUCGGUGCAUAUCAAGUGUAAUGUGCUUGUACUUAUCAUUCGAAUGUGAAGAAAAAGUCCCAAAAAGGUAAAUUACAAAGUGCAAAUUUUUUAUAAUAUAAAGUAUAAGUAUAAUCAUAGUAUAUUACCCAUAUAAAGUAGAUUCAUGCACGUGGGCUCCAGCUUCCUGAAAUUAAAGGUUAUACAGUCCGAAAAUGUAAACUACUGAACAAUCGGUCGUGAAGAAACUGUGGAGAUAUUAACAGAAUCAUAUCAGUUGCACCUGAAACAAUUGAACAAACACAGAAGAAAUCAUACGGAAGAAACGUAAAAAUCGAGUGCCUGUUAUCGUGUACUAAAUAAGUGAGAGGUACGUGUGAUUGAAUUUCGGGUCGUGACAGCCAGUGAGAUAUCAAUAUUUCCAUUGUUGAAAGUAAAUUAAAAUUCAUUCCAAAACUUCUCGAGAAGAAAAUACCCAAUAACAUCGGGGUUGUGUGUUGUCGUCACGGUUGCGCGUCGUUUUGUGGAAGCCGCGAAGGCUGCUGAUAAGAUAUAUCGAGAGUUAGAAAUUUCGACUUCUUCGUUUGAAUCAGCCGGGUGAAAUUUGGUGAGAUAGAAUCACGAAUGGCGGUAUCGCUGUUGGCAAACUUAUGCAAUAGUGGAUUAGAGCAGCUCUGCCAAACACCUGAGCCGUUAAAGUUUUACUAUCACACCAACGGCCAUUACAACAACCACCACUAUCAUCAGCAACAACACCAGCAUCAACAAGGUGGACGCGAUCUGUGUGGAAAAGAAGAACAAAUGGAAUACCAGAACUCGUUCUAUCAGCAGCAGCAGCAACACCAACAGCAGCAGCAACAACAUCAGCAACAGCAAGAUCAACGACCGCAACACUCAAAUCAACAACAUCAACCAAAUCAGCAGGAAUUCGAAGAGAUUUCCCAAAACUAUAACCUCGACAACGACGAUACCUACAGUGGAUCGCCGAACAACUUCCAGGACUAUCGUAACAACUUCGUCGACUCACCUCCAGACUCUAAGGAAUCUUGGCCCGUGGAAUACAACAAAAUGCAGUCCGGAUUGCCCGCGAAUAGUGGCGCCAACACGGCUACAUCGCCCAAUGUCGUGGCAGUGGCAGCGGCAGCGGCUGCGGCUGCUGCAGCUGCUGCGGCCGCCCAGCAGGAGAGCUCGUACUCCGUUGUUAUGCCCAACCGUAAGCGCCGUCUCGAAUGGAUGUCCACCCACCAGGAAGAGGAGAACGAUGGAUCCGAGUCGAAAAUUGCAAACACGGAAAAGGAACGAGAUGUCAGACGCAAAGGUUCAAUGCGCUGGCCAGAAGAAUUAGAUCUAGAUUUGAGUAAUGACCUUUCGAACAAUGGAUAUAUUAGUGACUCAUUGCUGAACUUCCCCGUAUUCAAGCAAGAAUUACCUUCUCCACCACAAAAGCUAGGCCAUGAAGUAAUUAAAAGUACAAAAACCAUUCAAGGCCCAAGCUCACAACAACAGCAACAACAACAACAACACCCCCAACAGCAGCAACAUUCUCAGCAUCCCUCUCAUCAUCAGACUCAUCAUCAACAUACUUUGCAGAACUCCGAACAGCUUCAAUCACAGCAAUUACAACCGCCACAGCAACAACAACCACAACAGCAUCACACUCAAGGUGAUCAACAGCAAAGUUUGAACAACAACAGUAACAACGCCAAUAAUAAUAAUAAUACUAGCAACAAUGGAGGGCAGUCAGCAUCGAUUGGUAAUGAGCAGGCACUCGUGCCGGGAAUGAGCGGUAAUGGGUCGGGAAGCAUGGGCAAUAUGAGCGGCUUGCAGAAUUUUAUGCAUGGCAGUCGAUACGAUAGUACAGGAAAUCUCGCUCAAUCCAACGAGAAUCUACAACGAUCAGAGUCAUUCCACGAUGACAAUAGUACAUUCAAUUCGUUCGGCAGGUUCCAGUACGUAUUGGCUGCGGCCACUUCCAUUGCCACCAAGAACAAUGAAGAAUCUCUCACCUAUCUUAAUCAGGGUCAAAGCUAUGAGAUUAAGUUGAAAAAGCUGGGCGAUCUGUCGCCCUUCCGGGGGAAGAUACUGAAAAGUGUCAUCAAGAUAUGCUUCCACGAGCGACGCCUUCAGUACAUGGAACGCGAACAGAUGCAACUGUGGCAAGCUUCCCGACCCGGGGAAAGAAUUUUAGAUGUUGAUAUUCCCCUUUCGUAUGGAUUGAUUCAGGUGCAACCGAAUACGAGCAGUCUUCUGAACACGAUUGAAGUUUACUGGGACGCCAUGAAAGAGGUCGGUGUGUACAUCAAGGUGAACUGUAUUUCGACCGAAUUCACACCGAAAAAGCAUGGCGGUGAGAAGGGCGUUCCAUUUCGCAUACAGGUGGAAACCUUUUUGGAUAGCUCGUUGAACGACGGCGGCGGGAACGGUUCGAAUGGAAUGGACAAUACCGUGCGACCACUGCAUGCGGCAGCUUGCCAAAUUAAGGUUUUCAAAUUGAAAGGAGCUGAUCGAAAGCACAAGCAGGAUCGUGAAAAGAUCCUUAAGCGGCCAGUAGCAGAACAAGAUAAAUAUCAACGCAGUUGUGAGUGUACGAUUUUGACCGAUAUCACAACGGAAUCGAUGAUAACUCCGCUGGUUGGCGGAUUUAGUCCAGAGCACAUCAAACGCAAUAUAUCGCCACUUCUGGGAGCACCGAGUUCGCCAGUGCACAUCAACAAGUUCGAAAACAUCAUGUCCACCUUCUGCAGCGGACCGGUCAACUCGGCCAACAAGCAAGCAGUAAUGGCCGCAGCGGUGGCAGCUGCCGUUAGUAGCAACCCGAUAGCAAUCGGCAACGUGUCUUCGACCAACGGGCUGUGCAAACUGAUGGACCAGAACGUUCUUUCUCCACCGCAGGCCAGCGUCGAUUUGGAUGACUAUGUGCCAAACAUCUCGAAGGACUCCAAUCCGGCAGCGUUGGCUCAGUGGCUGAGCUAUCAUCGGUUAGGCGCGUAUGCGAAAACCUUUUCGCAAUUUGCAGGUUCCGAUCUGUUGAGAAUGUCCAAAGAUGACUUAUGCAAAAUCUGUGGAUUAGCUGAUGGCAUCCGUAUGUUCAACAUACUUCAUUCAAAGGCUAUUACACCACGUUUAACUCUAUACGUGUGUUUCGAGGGAAGCACAUAUCAUGCCGUUUAUCUGCACUCCAAUACCAUAUCGGAGCUAACACAUAAUUUGCAGAAAAUUCCGGGAUUCCUUGAUGCCGUACAAUGUUCGCACACAGCCGAAAGCAGCAACCCGUGGGCCUCCAACUACCAACGUGCCUUGAAGAAUGCGGUCAACGGUGCCGCCGGUGGAAACAAGUAUUCCAGCAUCACCACAAGCGACGUCCACACGUCCGUUCCAUCGCCUUCGUCUCCGAUAUCAUCAUCUUCGCUUCCGCCAAGACCGAACCUGUUGAUCAACGGCCCCAACGGAGUCAACGUGCUUUUAACCGAAGACGUACUGAGCAACAUCAAAGAUGAGAGCUUGUUCCAACUCGAAGUUAAACCGAACGGAAAUGUCCUUAUGAAGGCCAUUUCAGCUGCAGGCAGCACUACUCCUGGCAGUGCGGAUGAGAAUGAAAUGAAUUAAAGGAUUCCUUUUAUUCGGAAAUGCUCAACCGUUCUCUCUUGCAGAUGGUGUUUUGAUUUAUACUCUGUUUUAUGACGUAACUGUUACCAUUUGUUGUUUGACGUUCGGUGUUGGAUGUGCUUUUUAUUUAAACAUAUUUCACGAUAAACCAUAUGAUGGACAAACUUCAUGUUAUAUCCAUUAAAAAUGUUGCAUGCAUGAGCACAUAUAUAGGUCCUCUUCAACUGCUAAUUUCACCCGUAUCUUAUAGAAAGUGAUUGCCAGAAAGUCUAUUGAAUAACAUUAAGUCAACAUUAAAACAUGGCGAAACAGAUAAACAUUGUACAACAUUGUCGAAACUGAACGUACCGCACAAACAACAAUCUCUGCAUCACAGAUUUUUUUUUGUUUCAAAGAAACAAUUGCUGCAUUUCCUGGAUAAUCAGAUUGUGUUUCGGUAAGUUUUGGCGAAGCACAUAUAGUGAAUAUACGUAACCUAUGAAAUUUAUAUUUUAUGAUUUCGUUGAAAUUGAUUGCACUCAUUGAAUAAAUCACAAAUAUGGUACAUUAUAUGCGUGCAGAACAUCAAAAUUUUCUGUUCUAAAAGAAAUUUGUUGACAUAUCCAUAUUUCAAAACAGGUUUCAUAUCCAUCUAGUUGAUCAUUUAAAAUAUAUAUUCCCGAGAACGAUGCACAUCAAACUUAUUGGAAAUGUCGAAGAAAUAGCAUGUCUGACUGUUAUUGCGUAACUGUCCCAUCUAAAUAGGAAACACAACAAGUUUGGGACUUAUUUGCGCUUACAGGUAAGAUAGCCUAAGUUAGUCAGAAUUCAAGAGAGUGCAGGCUUCCAUUGAAUCACAUACUAAAUUAUUUUUUGGAGUAUGUUUCUUUUAAGUGCAAUCAUCACGUGAAAUGUUUAACUUUCAAAACUGUGUCUCUUGUGUAGAUUGUUGUCCAAUAACCUUUUAGCGCGGCGCAUUUAUUCGUAUAGUAAUGUUAGAACUUAUGUUUGUCCGUCAGUCCCAUUACCCAUUUUACAUUAAAAACUGAUUUCACAAAAAAAAUGCUAGAAUUCUUCAUUGUUUCUGAUGUGCCUCGUUUAGUAAAAGAUAACCUUUAACCUAUCUUGCUACAAAAGAACAUUCAAUGCCAAGCACUACUUUUACUAACAAUCAAAUGUAUUGUAGCCAUAGAACAGGAUGCAUUUGUGAUGCAAGUAGAGAACGUGCCGUGUCGAUCAGAUCAAUCAUAGGAGAUUUUUCACAAGUACAAAUAAGAACUGGACCCCUUUUAUAGUAAAAUAUAUAAGAGCCACCCUACAAAGGGAACCACGUGAAAUAUGGCGAAGGCGGAAUUAUUAACGUGCCUUACCGAUGUAGCUGUGAAAGUACAGAGAAACAAAAUCAUCACAUUUUAGAGGAAGAAAUCGUACACACAACAACAAUAAUAAAAAAAGAACACUAUUAAAACACUGGAAACUAGAAGAAUGAAUCCAUUACUAACAAAAGAACUCAUACCGGUACUUUGCAGCAUUGCAUGUGAUUAAAUGUUUUAAAAUUCUUGUGGCACAAGUUGCUACCGUGGCUGGAUCAGUUUUUGAUGCCAUGGAUUCUGUUUUUUUUCUUUUAUCUACAACAAUCAAAAAUGUUUUCUAGACCUAUGUUCUUUAGACGAAAUAUAUGUUAUCUCAAAUAAAAUUGUAGUUAGCUAUA